CCUAUCUAGAUCCUGAGAGUCAACAACUAUUUGUUAAGUAUUCCUCAAUAUGAGGCCGAACAACAGUCCCCCACCUUACUCUCCUAGAUGUAGCUCAUCAGAAGCAGAUCCUCUGAUAGGGCCUCGCAAGCCUUAUCGUCGCUAUCUAUCUUUCUAUGUCUAUGCACCGCUCGUUCUCUUAAUUGUUUUCACCUCUUUCACUAUCUUCGUUAGCCUUUCCGAGGACCCCUUAGAUCCGGAUGUUCGUGAUCGCAUCCGCAAGGACUGGGACAUCGAACUCCGCCAGCACCAGAAGGAAGUUCUCGAGCGCAUUGACACCAAAAAACGCUGGCUUCUGGAAGAUAAUGAUAGGAUUCAUCUCCGCGAGCAAUGGCUAACGGAAGUAGAAGAGCACCAACGUGACGUAGAGGAGAGACAGAGGCGUGAGGAGCAAGACAAAAUUCUUCUCCGUGAAAAAUGGAGCAGGGAAGUGGAAGAGCACCAACGUGACUUGGAGGAGAGACAGAGGCGUGAGGAGCGAGACAGAAUUCUUCUCCGCGAAAAAUGGAGCAGGGAAGUGGAAGAGCACGAGCGUAAAGUGGAGGAGAGACGGAAGCGCGAAGAAGAAGAACGAUUGAAAUUGAAUAUGUUUUGGACCGACUUGGCUUCUCACACGUGCACGACAUACGCCACUCGAGAGUACACUGCCCGACUGGUGAAUGUUCCAUCAUACUACAACCGCCGUGUGGAGGCUUGCAUGGCCACACCGGUAAAGAUCCAUGGACUUGAAUACAUGCCUAAGUGGUGCGAUGAUCAUGGUCCAAACAAUGUAAUAGGUCAUUGGGAAGUCGACCAGCAUGAGCCGGAUUGUGCAUCAUACUGGCUCUGGUACAAAGAUUUUGGCUGUAUUUCUCCUGGAUCCGGUCAGCGACGUAUUGAACACUACCUCGAGAACCUCCCGUCGGGAGCUGAUUGGAAGGAGUUCUGUGCUACCACUCCUGCAAGCUUCCUCGGGAUGCAUUUCAUGGGGGCAGAAUUCUGCUUCCAGAAGGACUAUGGCACAUACGGGCACUGGAUUCUUGAUGACGAGAGCUGCAAGUAAUCAAGUCACAAUGACGUUUCGAUGUUGGGUGAGGGUGACAUUGCUUUGAGAUUUUGAUGGGCUAUUUUUGGUGUAUCAUUUGUUGUACUUCAUACUUGCAUCACUGAUAGACACUACCCCUGCCGUCACGGGAGAGGCUUCAUUGAGAAGCUGGGUGUCUAGCAAGUCAAGGGCCAGCAUGUGCUACCGCCUAAUAUCGAGGUCCCCGACGACAGGAGCAUCGAGUGU